UACAGAUCCACAUUUCUUAGACUCAUCCAAUCCUGGAUAUAUUUCUCCAUUAAAUAAAUCAUUUCAAUUUGUUUUCUAACCCUAUUUUCAUCCCCCCUUCUUUUGAUUUUUCAUUAAUAUAAUCGCUAUUUUGAUAUGGGUUUUUCUUCUUUAAUCGAAUCUGGGUUCGAUUUCGGGUUCAAGAAAGGGUUUAUCGAAGCUAUGGAGUCUGUUUCAAUGGCGGCCAUUUUGAAUACAAGCAAUGUAUGUUUCUUUUCGUGGUUUAUCGUAUGGGGUUUUUUAGACAUUUUAAAGCAAAGAAGGGGUGGUGGAGGUGGUGAAAGAACGAGAUUUCUCAGAAAUCUUCCACUUUUUUCCAUUAUUACCCUUGUGUCAAGCUUUAUAAUCAUGAUUUCUCAUAUGGGGUUUUGUGUAUGUAAGUUCUUGAAGCAUGAGGUUGUCACUUGUGAGUCUGUGAUCUUGGCAUUCACAUGGUGUUUAGCAACUGUUGUAACCGUUUAUUCAUUAGUGAAUAGAAGGGUUGGGCAAACAAGAAGAUGGUGUAUGGUUCUUGUUCUUUUCUGGGUGUUUUCUGGGAUUCUUGAUUUAGUUUUAGUGACUUUCAUUAUCUUCGACUAUUUCGAAUCGAAAAACAUGCAUAUAUUGGGCUCAAUCGCGAAUAUCAUUGAUAUAUUCACUUUACCGUUCUUGAUUCUUUUGUGUUCCAAUGGUGUCCAAUUUUGUGUCACCAAGAAACACAAAGAACUUGAGGAGCCAUUACUCCAAGAAAAUGGUCAAGAAAAUCUUGGAGACACUAGUGCCUUCACAAAGGCAGGAAUAUGGAAGAGGGUUACAUUCAAUUGGCUCAACCCUCUUUUCGUAUUGGGUCGAACUCAAAAACUCGAGUUCAAUCAUGUACCUUCGAUCCCAGAAUCCGAAACAGCCGAAGAAGCUGCAUUUUGGUUGGAAGAGUCUCUUCAGAAACAAAAGACUCGAGUUUCGGUAUUGCCCAAGGCCAUUAUUGAUGCUAUACGGGGAUCUUUAGCGAUCAACGCGGUUUUCGCAGGAGCUAACACACUUGCUGCAUACAUGGGGCCGAUCUUGAUCACAAGAUUUGUGAAUUACUUAUCGGAAGAUGAUCGUGAUUCAAACUACAAAACGGGUUUGAUUCUUUCGUCCAUUUUCUUCUUAUCGAAGACGGUGGAAUCUUUGUCUCAAAGACAAUGGUAUUUUGGUGCUCAACGUAUUGGCAUUCGAAUACGGGCUGCUCUUAUGGUACUCAUAUACAAGAAAUCUUUAUCGAUCAAAUAUGGUACAAUGAGCAACGGGAAGGUAGUAAAUUUGAUCAAUGUGGACGUCGAAAAGAUUGGAGAGUUUUUCUGGCAUAUUCACGGAAUCUGGUUGCUUCCGGUUCAGGUUCUUUUAGCAUUGGUCAUCUUAUAUAUGAAUCUUGGUUUUGCUCCUUCCAUGGCCGCAUUUAUCUCCACGGUUCUAGUUAUGGUCAGCAACACCCCAUUGGCGAAUCGACAAAAAGAUUAUCAAACGAAGGUCAUGGAGUCGAGAGACUCGAGGAUUAAAGCAACUGCCGAGAUCUUGAAGAGCAUGCGGGUAUUGAAACUGCAUUCGUGGGAAUCCAACUUCAAGAAAAAGCUAAUUGAUUUAAGAGAAAAAGAGCGGAAUUGGCUCAAGAAGUAUCUUUAUACGUGCUCGGCGAUUGCUUUCCUGUUUUGGACAUCACCAACAGUGGUUUCGGUUUCCACUUUUGGCGUUUGCAUUUUCUUGCGGACGCCAUUAACGCCAGGUGUCGUGCUCUCGACGUUGGCGACUUUCAGAAUCUUGCAGGAUCCCAUUUAUAAUCUCCCGGAGCUUGUUUCCAUGGUGGCUCAAACAAAGGUUUCACUUGAUCGAAUCAAAGAAUUUAUAAUAGAUCAAGAUGGUAAACAGUCAGUAGAACCUCAAUCUUUAGAGCCAUCGUCAAGUGUGGCUAUAGAAAUCGAACCAGGAGAGUAUGCGUGGGAUACGAACGACUCUGAUCAACGACGGCCCACGAUAAAGAUUUCUUCGAAGAUGAAAAUCCCGAAAGGUUUCAAGGUAGCGGUAUGUGGUUCGGUUGGAGCUGGGAAAUCGAGCUUACUCUGUAGCAUACUAGGCGAAAUCCCGAGGAUUUCUGGUCGGCGUAUCAAAGUGUUUGGAUCAAAAGCGUUUGUGCCACAAAGUGCGUGGAUUCAAACAGGAACAAUAAGGGAUAACAUAUUAUUCGGUAGGCAAAUGAACAAGCCGUUUUACGAUGAAGUUGUUGAUGGAUGUGGUCUGGAUCGUGAUUUCGAGACAUGGGUCGAUGGCGAUCUAAGUAUCGUGGGCGAACGAGGCUUGAAUUUAAGCGGUGGACAAAAACAACGGAUUCAAUUAGCGAGAGCUUUGUAUAAUGCUUCGGAUGUUUAUAUCCUCGAUGAUCCGUUUAGCGCGGUCGAUGCUCACACCGGGGCUCAUAUGUUCAAGAAAUGUUUGAUAAAUCUUUUAGAUCAAAAGACUGUUGUUUACGUAACGCAUCAAUUGGAGUUUUUAAGCGCAUCGGACUUGAUUCUGGUAAUUAAAGAUGGCGGUAUCGUUCAAUCGGGAAAGUAUGACGAGCUUAUUGCAAAUCCCGCUAGCGAAUUUGCACGACAAAUAGCUGCACAUUCCAAGUCUUUGAACCAGGUGAACCCGCCCAACGAGCCCCAAACCUUAACCAUGUACCCACAGGCUAUCCAGGGUUCACACUCGGAACGAAAACACGAGCCAUCUCAGACCCACGGCAGGUCAUUAGAAACAAAACCGCAAGAAGAAUCACAGUCUGGUCGGGUGAAGCUCAGUGUUUACUCAACUUUCAUCUUUUCGGCUUAUAAAGGAGCUCUAGUUCCGGUUAUCGUCAUCUGUCACGUGCUCUUUUUAUUACUGCAACUCGGCAGCAACUAUUGGAUGGCGUGGGCUACCGAAGAUGAGGGUCGGUUUAGCAGCAAGACCCUCAUCGGAAUCUUCGUGCUUUUAUCCGGUGGAAGCUCGGUUUUCAUUUUAGGACGGGCGAUUUUGCUGUCGACGAUUGCUAUCGAGACCGGUCAAAACCUCUUCCUACAAAUGAUAACUUCAGUUUUCCGUGCACCAGUUUCGUUUUUCGACUCCACUCCUUCGAGCCGGAUCCUCAACCGUUCUUCAACGGAUCAAAGCACGGUGGACGUUGAUAUCCCAUACCGAUUGGCGGGAUUAGUUUUCGCAAUGAUUCAGCUUGUAAUCAUCAUUUUACUUAUGUCGCACGUUGCGUGGCCGAUCUUUUUGCUCUGUGUUAUCAUCUUUGCGAUAUCGUUAUGGUAUCAGGCGUACUACAUUACUACGGCAAGGGAACUAGCGAGGAUGAUCGGGAUUCAAAAGUCUCCCAUUCAGCACCAUUUUUCAGAAUCGAUUUCUGGGGCCUCGAUGAUCCGUUGCUUCAAUCAAGAAGUCCGUUUCUUGACGAAAUGUUUAAACGUUAUCGAUGAUUACUCUCGUGUUACUUUUCACAAUACCGCUACGAUGGAGUGGUUAUGUGUUCGGAUCAACUUCCUCUUCAACCUUGUCUUUUUUCUCCUUCUAGUCGCCUUGGUGCACCUCCCACGGUCGUCUAUAAACCCUAGUUUAGCCGGGUUAGCGGUUACGUAUGGUUUGAGCCUGAACGUACUGCAAGCUUGGGUGAUAUGGAACCUCUGCAACGUCGAAAACAAGAUGAUUUCGGUUGAAAGAAUUCUUCAGUUUGCAAAUAUUCCAAGCGAAGCCCCUGCAAUCAUCGAAAAUUGUAUCCCCGAAACUAACUGGCCGUCAAGAGGAGAAAUCGAGCUCAAAGAUCUACACGUUCAAUACCACCCGGCUCUUCCAACGGUUUUGAGAGGAAUCACUUGUACUUUUCCGGCUAGAAAAAAGAUUGGGGUGGUGGGAAGAACCGGGUGCGGGAAAUCGACACUGAUCCAGGCUCUAUUCAGGGUGGUUGAACCCACGAAAGGUCAAAUCUUGAUCGAUGGGCUCGAUAUUUCGAAGAUUGGGUUGCAUGAUCUGAGGUCUAAGUUGGGGAUAAUCCCACAAGAUCCAACUUUGUUUCAAGGAACCAUGAGAACAAAUCUUGAUCCUUUGGAACAGCAUUCGGAUCAUGAAAUAUGGGAGGUACUAAACAAGUGUCAGCUUGCGGAUAACGUAAGGCAGGACAAACGGCUUCUCAAUACACCAGUUGCUGAAGAUGGCGAAAACUGGAGCGUUGGACAACGGCAACUCGUAUGCUUAGCGAGGGCGUUGCUACAAAAACGCACCAUAUUGGUACUAGAUGAGGCCACCGCUUCCAUCGAUACAGAAACCGAUAAUGUGAUGCAAAGGACGAUAAGAGAAGAAACGAGCAGAUGUACUGUCAUAACCAUCGCGCAUCGGAUACCCACCAUCGUUGACAGCGAUCUAGUUCUCGUUCUUGAUCAAGGGAAAGUAGCGGAGUAUGAUUCUCCGUCACGGUUGCAACACGAUGGCGGUUCGGCAUUUUCGAAGUUGGUGAAUGAAUUCUUGAGGAGAUCUUUAUGAUCCAUGGAUGGUUGAUUUGGUUUUAGAUUUGAGUGUACAGUGAAGGUAGUUAGGAUCCCAAAGUCUAGAGCAUUGGACUAGAUUGGGCUGGCUUGAUUAGGUACGAGAACACUCCAUACGGUAAUCAAGCCCGACCCAACCUGGUCCAGACCGUGUUGACAAAUGACGAAUAGGCGUAUGAUAGAACUAGCCAACUAACGGCUAUUUGGUAGAUAUUGAUUUUAGUGUAGAAUGAUCAAGAGACUAUGAUUUAGUGUAAAAUGAAUUGUUCUGAAUAGACAGUCUCAAAAUUACAAUUUUAACCCUUUGUAUAGUUUAACGAUGAAUGAAA